AUGUCGGAAUUUCAAGGAUAUAAAGUUCUAAUACAAAUUAUAUUAAUUGCAAUGUUGCUGAACUCGGUCAUGAGUAUGCCGCAGGAUACAAUCACAACAAUAAAACCUGGACGUUAUGUACCCGAAUUACAUGGUGGUCUCCGUGGCAAAUGGGUUCCAGACGAUAGCGGCAAAUAUGUACACAUACAUCGUCCCUAUGAUGGCGGUUAUGGUGAUCGUGGCCUUAAAUAUGUACACGAUGCUAGUGGCAAUAUUUUCGUUGUUAAAUCCGAUGGUGGUCCUGGCAUAUUGCCCUUAAGCGAAAAGGAUCGUUUGCGCUUCAUGGUCGAUUUUAAUUACGAAGGUAGUGGUUGGCAGAUAAUUAAAUUCGAAUGGCUGAAGGACGGUGAUGAAAGUCAUCAAUUUAAUUUCGUCAACGAAAAUCAAUUGUUUAGCGGAAAUAAUGGUAAUGGCAGAGCCUAUUCACCACCUGCUGAUGAUGACAGUGAAUCGGUAACUAAGGGAACUGAUGAAGAAAGUGAUGCUCACAUUGAUGGAGAAUACGACAAAGUCAAGGGUUACGACUAUUCAGUUACGGAUAAUAAAGAUAAAUCGAAUAAUGAAAACCUGAAGAACGCCAUCAAAGAUGUUUUGGAAUAUAUAGAAGUGAAUAUCUUGCCAACAUUGUAA